AUGCCAUUUCGAUCAUCAGCUAUUCGUAAUGAUGAAUUAAUUCAUACUGCUGUUCGUCGUGGUCAUAUUAUUUCACUUGAGAUAUAUCUAAAUCAAAAUCCGACUUGUAUCAAUAAAAUAUAUACAUAUAAUCAAUCGAAAUGGACACCAUUAUUAGCAGCAUGUUAUUAUAAACAUGAAAAUAUUGUACGUAUGUUACUUCAUCGUUUCAAACCCGAUAUUGAAAUUCUCGGUACUAUUGUUUUUGAUUUAAUUAAUAAUCAACAAGAAAUUAUCGAAGAUGUAUCACCAUUAUGGACAGCUGUUGCUGUUGAUCAUUUUAAUAUUGUUCGAUUAUUAAUUGAAUAUGGUAAUGUUAAUAUAAAUCAUUUAACAAAAACAUAUGGCUCAAUAUUUCGUGUUGCAUGUUUUAAUAAUAAUCUUAAUUUAGCUAAAUAUUUAGUUAAACAUGGUGCUAAUCCAUAUCAUGUUAAAACAGGUAGUUAUACAAAUUUAAUGCUUUGUGCAAGUCGUCGACAUUUCAAUCUUGUUAAAUAUUUAAUUAAUGAACUUAAAUGUAAUAUAAAUAAUCAAGAUGAAAAUGGUCAAACCGCACUUUAUUAUGCGGUACGAUCGAAUUCAUAUGAAAUUAUUAAAUUUUUAUUAGAAAAUGGUGCGAUAAAUAUACGUGAUAAAUUACGAAAUAUAACUCCAUUGAUGCGUGCUGCACUUUAUGGAGAAAUAAAUUUAGUUGAAUUAUUUCAUGAUUAUUGUUCGGAUUUAGAAUGGAUAGAAGCAAAUGAAUUACUUGGAGCAACAUUUGGAUGUGUUGCACGUUUAGAAAAUUUUAAUAAAUCUAUUAAAUAUUUAACGGAAGCAUUUCAGUUAAGAUUAAAAAAAAAUUUACCAAAAAUUUUAUCAAAUGAAACCAUUGAAAUAUUUAAUUUUAUUCCUGAAUGUCAAACAAUUGAACAAUUCAAUCAACUUAUUUCAACAAAUUCAAAAGAAAAUUUACGUAUUGAAACCAUACGUAUACAUCAACGUCUUCUUGGUAAUAUGAGUAAUGAUUAUCAUCAUAUACUUCGUUAUUAUGGAGCUAUGUUAGCUGAUACUUCACGAUAUAAUGAUUGUCUAUGUUGGUGGUUUUAUGAAAUUGAUUUAAAACAAAAAUAUAAUAUCUGCUUAAAAAAAGAAUAUUUACGUUGUUUUAUAAAUAUUUUUCUUGAAAUGAAACAAUAUAAUUAUAUGAAUAUUCCUAUUGAAAAUUUAAUACGUAUGUUGAAAGUCAUGGAUAAUGUACUUCAAUUAAAUAUUCAAUAUGAAAAUUUUGAUUAUAAUUUACGUACAUUACUUUAUUUAAUUACGAUUAUUGCUCGUAUUUUAUUCAGUACAAAUAAAGAAGAAAAACAAGAAAUAUCAAGAAAUCAUCGUCAAGAAUUAUGUAAAUUAAUUCAUUUAAUUAUUCAACAUGAAUAUAAAACAAUAAAAAAUGGAUCAUUUCUUUUACAUUUAUCUUCAAAUUCUUUCACAAAUAGUUUCUUAGAUAAAAUCACUUAUCCAUGUUCAAUGACACUUCGUUUACUUCUUAUUUGUGGUGCUAAUGUAGAUGUAUUAGAUCUAAGUAAAAAUACUCCAUUACAUACAGUAGUUCAAAACGAGACAAUAUCUAAUGAAAUUAUUUCUAUUAUUAAUUUAUUAUAUCAUGCUGGUGCUCAUUUAGAUCAUGUUAAUAAUAAAAGAGAAACACCGUUUGAAUUAAUACCAUUAUUUCAAAAUGAAGUAAUUCAACAUUUGAAACAGACAAUAGAUGUUCGAUCAUUGAAAUGUAUUUGUGCACAAUUAAUACAAAGAGAAUCUUUAUCAUAUGACAAUCUUCUUCCAACAUCUCUUGUUAAUUUUAUUCAGAAACAUUAA